CAUGAAAAUAACACCUCUGCAAAGGUAAGUACAAAGAUAGGUCAGUCAUGAUGUGGGAUUGUAUCCAGUGGGUAUGGGUAUUGAAUCCAGUGGCACAAAGUGUACAUCACUGGUAGUUGGAAAAUUCAAUAAUUAAAUAAAGAGAAAUUGAUUUAUUUGUAAGAAUGCAUUUGUAACUAUUUGAUGUUCAUUUUGGCCAGCUAAAAUGAUACUUAGAUGUAAAAUUAAAAUAUUUUACUAGCAUCAAUAACACUCCAAAUAAACAUUCUCAAAUGAAACGUUUAAAAGCUAAAUUAAAAGGAUUGACCACGCAUUUGCGUUUACUAUUGUAAAUUAGAGACACCUGACCAUCACUAGAAUUUGCACUGAAUAUAAAACCACGCCUUCUUUGUACAGUUAACACCCACAGUUACGGCAGGCCAUUAUAAGUGGCUAUUUUAGGCUUUGCAUUGCAUCCAAACGUUUCAGAGGACUGAGAGUCGCCUGGCAUGCCAUGCAGUUCAUUUUAAGUUUUUUGCCAUUUGGGUCAUUGCUGUUGAUGGCUGGCUUUAGACCAGCAGCAUGUAAAUUGAACCCGGUCAGCUGCAGGCUGUGGACUGAGCCUCAGCAGCCUGGCAUUUUUAUGAAUGGAGAUUUUGUGAUUGGAGGUGUUUUCUCUAUUCAUUUAUACACGAGAUCAGAUCAGAUCACCUACACCAGCCUGCCGCCACAACCACAGUGUUCUGGGAGCAUGGACUUCAGAGAGCUACGCUUUGCCCGUGCCAUGGAGUUCACCAUCCACGAGAUCAACAACAGAACAGAUCUCCUGCCAGGAAUCAUGUUAGGAUUCGAAAUACAUGACUCGUGCUCUACUGUACCGAUGGCCAUCAAACUGGGCUUUCAAUUUGCUAAUGGAAAAGACACCGUUUUUAAUGACUCUGAAUUAUGUGUAGAAUCUGCAGCUGCAGCGGUACCAGCUGUAAUAGGAGACUCUUCUUCCACCCCUUCAAUCAGCAUGGCCAGAAUACUAGGUCUUUUUCGAAUCCCACAGGUGAGUCACUACGCAACCUGCGCUUGUCUGAGUGAUAAACGUCAGUAUCCUGCCUUCUUCAGGACCAUACCGAGUGACCACCACCAAGCGGCCGCACUGGCAAGAAUGGUAAAAUACUUUGGUUGGACGUGGAUUGGGGCAGUGCGCAGUGAUUCAGAUUAUGGUAAUAAUGGAAUGGCCUCGUUUCUAAAAGCUGCACAGGAGGAGGGGAUCUGCGUGGAGUACUCGGAGGCCUACUACAGAACACAACCGCGCAGCAAACUGGAGAGAGUGGCAAACGUGAUCCGCAGAUCAACAGCUCGGGUAAUAGUGGCGUUUCUUGCUUCAGGCGAUAUGAGGUUCCUGCUGGAAGAACUGGCAAGAGAUCCACCGCCUCCCCUUCAGUGGAUAGGCAGUGAAACUUGGAUAUCCCAUCCAGAAUUUCUGCGGUUUAACAUGUGCUCUGGGGCAGUGGGGUUUGGGGUCCCUCGGUCAGUGAUUCCAGGUCUUCGUGAAUUUCUUCUGGAACUAACUCCAGCCCAAGCACUGAAAUCACCCAUACUGACAGAGUUUUGGGAGCGCUCUUUCAGCUGUAGCUUAAAAGGCCAGACUGAUUUUUCUGGGAGUGCAAGGGAAUGUGAUGGUAGUGAGGAUAUCAGUGCGCUGAAAAACCCAUACCUUGACACGUCGCAGCUGCGCAUCACUAACAUGGUGUAUAAAGCCACGUAUGCCAUAGCGCAUGCCAUCCACAGUAUUAUCUGUAACGAUACCCAGUGCGACAAGACCAUAAAAUUUGCCCGAUGGCAGAUACUCAACCAACUCAAAAAGGUAAACUUCACAACAAAAAAUGGCUACCGGGUCACAUUUGAUUCCAAUGGAGAUCCUGUGGCUGUUUAUGAGCUCAUAAAUUGGCAACUUAAAAAAGAUGGCGGUUUGAAUUUUGUGACCGUGGGCAAUUAUGACUCGUCCAAACCGAGAGGCCAGGAGUUCAGUAUCAGCAGACCUAUCAACUGGGUCGGGGGGCAAUCAGAGGUGCCGGCGUCUUUGUGCAGUGAGAGCUGUCCUCCUGGGACAAGGAAGGCCAUACAGAAAGGGAAGCCAAUCUGCUGCUAUGACUGUAUACCAUGUGCAGAAGGAGAGAUCAGUAACAGCACAGACUCUUUGGAUUGUAUACACUGUCCUCCUGAGUUCUGGCCCAAUACUAAGCAAGACAACUGCCUUCCCAAGCCAGUGGAGUUCCUGUCCUGGGAUGACACUUUGAGCAUCAUCCUGACAGCAUUUUCUAUUGCUGGGGCCUUCAUGGCUGUAUGUGUUGCUGUUGUCUUCUUCAAACACAGAACUUCUCCCAUCGUCCGAGCCAACAACUCAGAGCUGAGCUUUCUGCUGCUCUUCUCACUGACCCUGUGUUUCCUCUGCUCACUCACUUUUAUUGGUCGGCCCUCUGAAUGGUCCUGUAUGUUGCGCCACACAGCGUUUGGAAUUACCUUCGUCCUCUGCAUCUCCUGUGUUCUGGGAAAAACAAUAGUGGUAUUAAUGGCCUUCAGAGCUACACUUCCAGGCAGUAAUGUCAUGAAAUGGUUUGGGCCUCCACAGCAGAGACUUAGUGUUCUGGCCUUCACUCUCAUACAAGUCCUUAUCUGUAUCCUUUGGUUAAAAAUAUCACCUCCCUUUCCCUUGAAAAAUUUAAAGCACUACAAGGAAAGAAUAAUCCUGGAAUGUGGGUUGGGUUCAGCAAUAGGUUUCUGGGCUGUGCUGGGUUAUAUAGGCCUCUUGGCUUUUUUAUGUUUUGUUUUAGCUUUUCUGGCUCGGAAGCUUCCAGAUAACUUCAAUGAAGCCAAAUUCAUCACAUUCAGCAUGCUCAUAUUCUGUGCAGUUUGGAUCACCUUCAUCCCAGCUUAUGUCAGCUCUCCUGGAAAGUUCACUGUAGCUGUGGAAAUAUUUGCAAUUUUGGCUUCAAGCUUUGGUAUGAUAAUUUGCAUUUUUGCUCCCAAGUGUUUUAUUAUUGUGUGUAGGCCAGAACAGAAUACAAAAAAACACCUUAUGGGCAAAGUACCAUCUAAAGCUCUUUAAAAUUUUAGGAAAGUCACAAAAUUAACACGUACUUAUUUAGAGUACAGUGCACUUGGUAAUGAAGAAAAUAAUAAUAUAUAGUAUUUGCUUAUAUAUGAUCAGUUAGAAUCAUCUUUAUUUUAAUUUUCUAUUUCUAAUUUAGUAAACUAUGUAUAUUAUAAUCUGUGUCAACAAAAUAUAUGUGAUUUAUUUCCCCUUUUUUCUAUGCUAUUUUUACAGUUCUCUCUUACUUUUUUAAACAUUGCAUGUUUUCUGUAUUGUAGUGUAUUUUGUACAUUUGACCUAAAUGUGUGCUUCAUUAAAGUGUAUGGAAAUAAUGUAAAUAGAUUGUGGUUACGUCCAACUCUCAUUUGCUUUAAACGUUACCUACAUAUCUUUUAUG